CCGGCCACCUGCUGAGUGCUCAUCAGUGAUGCAGCUGCAGGGCCAAUCUACCGUUCCAUCAGGGGGCCAGGAUGAAGAGCAGCGGCAGUGUGCAGAAGAGGCUCCAGCGGCAAAGCAAUGUCAAAGCAAAAAGAAAGUGACUGAAGAGGCGUGGAUGCGAGAAUGUGCACCCUUAAUGGAUUGUUCGCCGUACACGAAGAGAAAACCAGAGACCAUUGUUACGAAGGAACAUCACGGGGAGCAGUGUCACAAUCAAGCCGAACCGACCUCGAUUGCAGAAGCCCUGUCUCUGUUAGCAGCUCGAAUGCAAACCAACCAAGACACAAGUAGCUCUGACGACGAAUGCUUUUGGGAUGAUGAUGACGACCUUUCGGACGACGAACCCACAGUCAUCAUACGACUCAAUCCAAGUCCGGAGGAGGAGAAGAAACAGACAAGUUUGCAGAAUCAGCGGCAGCAGCAAGCACCAACUGUGACCUCUGAAGCGUCGACGCAGGUGAACUUGUCAGCACAGCCGACUGAAGCGAACCUGUAUGUCAGCCAAUGUGCGACACAAAGCUUCCAGGAGACUGAGACCGCGGUGGAGGUGUACGGCGGCCAGGAGUACAGCAGCUCGGAAGCGACCGCUAGCAGUUCGACUGUUGAAAUGGUUCCUGUGGUGUCGUACCUGUGCUUUCCUGUGCUCACGUACCAGCCCUGCACCGUAGACACCUCCUCGGCGACCGACUUGCCGAUUGAGUCUUCACAACCGUACGACGUGUUGACAGCGACACAGGACUUGUCGCUCAUGUACCAGCCCUGCACCGUAGAAACCUUCUCGGCGACCGACUUGCCGAUUGAGUCAUCACAACCGUACGACGCGUUGACAGCGACGCAGGACUUGUCAAAAGAGGACCGCUGGCAAGUGGGUUUCCCGGCUCGGCACUUAGAGGCCACGCAGACCCGCUUCGUCCCGGCAACAACAGAGUGGCCUGGUGUGCAAGAUUUGAAACCAGACUGCAUUCGAACACCGGAUACUGAAUCGGAGGACAACAGCUCUGGCGGGAUGGCCGUUGCUAAAGUACCGCAUACAGAGGAAAAACACCUGAAUAAUGGUAUUGAUGAGGUGACCAGAUGA